CGACGGACUCCUGCAGGGCUGAGUCCCCAGCACGUGCGGUGGCACUUUUUCUACAUUCUAUUCUACUUCGCUUGUCUCUUCACGAACAUACACUUGGCAAUUCUUGUAUUCCUCUAUAUCCUUUGAAGAAGGACAUAGUGUUACGAAACAUCUUUUUCGCACUUGAAAGCUCCCGCGCGCGGACGUCAGGGCAUCCUUCUCCGCUUCACCAUGUCUCGCCAUCAUCCGUAAGCUGCUCUCUCAUCCUCCGAUAUAUCCAGCAGAUCAUUAACACGAAACUCCUAGCGACCUCGUCAUGUGCCGCAAGCAGCCCGGAAUCGCCAUCGGCCGCCUCUGCGAUAAAUGCGACGGUAAAUGCCCCGUCUGCGACAGCUACGUCCGCCCCACCACUCUCGUCCGCAUCUGCGACGAGUGCUCCUUCGGCAACUACCAGAACAAGUGCGUUGUGUGCGGCGGUGAGGGUAUCUCCGACGCCUUCUACUGCUUCGAGUGCACGCGUCUGGAGAAGGAUCGGGACGGGUGCCCGAAGAUCAUCAAUCUGGGGAGCUCGCGAACGGAUCUGUUCUAUCAGAAGAAGAAUUUUAGAAAUCAUUAGGGGAAGGGAUGCGGCGCGGUUAUGAGCCAGAUUAUCCUCUUUAGGAAUUAAGAAGCGGCGUGUUUUCGGGCCAGAUCACUCCUAAGGGAGCGAGAGCGCAUAAGAACUUCGACCUGUGCGCCUGGUGGUCUGUCGGAAUCGCCUGACAAUGCGCAGGUCACAAUACGAACCUCGGAGGAGUGUCUAACGGUUAGCUACAAGCUUCGUGGAGGCCCGCAUGGAAGGAGAAGAAGACGAAGAAUACAAGGAGGAGGAAGCUUAGGUUGAAUGAGCCUACGUCACGAUUUCUACGAAGUGAACGGAAAAAUGGGUUUGAGUCUAGAUAUUCGCCAUGUUAGACUAUCGACAGUUGUCUCUCAGUUUAUGGCUGCUUCAUUUCGAGACAAACUACGCUCAGUACAGGAUAUGUUAAAGGGAGCCAUCCCAAUGGAAUUGUUGUACAGAACUCGUAACACCUUGCAAAUG